GAGACUCUCAGUAAGAGAGAGGCAGAAAGAAUCAACACUGAUGAUGCAAUCUUAUGGCUGUCCUUGCUUCAUGGAAACACACUUAGUUCUGUAUUUCCUUUCAUAUCCUACGCAUAUAUUGAUCCCUAUGAUAAUAAUGAUGACUACUGUUUUUCAGUUUCAAUGACACUGGUAAUGGACACUCUGGACUGCAAUCCACCAAUUCCUAUGACACAAUGUGCUUUAUCUGAGUUACUCAGCUGGAUCAAAGUGUAUUCAGAGUUUGGAGGAAAACCAGACACUUGGGAUCAGAGUCAAAAGGGAUCCUGUUAAAUUUGGUUCUAAUAAUGAGGAGAUUGAUGGUGAU